UUGUUUUUUUUUUGUUGCUCAACACACAAUGAGAAAAGAAAAACGAUGAAAUUGAAUCUGAUGGGAAAAAUUUUUCGAAUUGGAAUCAAUUAUUAUUCUCCAUUUACAGCUAUCGAUUUGAAUCAAACAUUAUCAGCAUCUAGAUCAUCAUCAACAACAAAUGGAAUUGAGAUCGAAAUGCUAAAUACGAUGGCAAAUUAUUUUAAUUUUUCCUAUAAAUUAAUCAAUUAUAAUGGUAUUUAUGGUGAUCCGAUCGACCACAAUUACAUAAACGGUACAUGGACCGGUAUUGUUGCCGGAUUAAUAGCUAAUAAAAUUGAUCUCGGUAUCGGUGGCAUAACACAUAAAUAUGAACGACAAAAAGUGAUAAAAUUUCUUUAUCCACAUUGGAUUGAUCGAUUAACGUAUGCGACAACAAUGCCCGAACAUGAACAACUAUAUCUGGAUAGAUUUUUUCAUCCAUUCCAUUCGUUUGUAUGGAUAAUGUUGAUCAUCGUAUUCAUUUCAUUCACCAUAUUCAAUUGGUUAGAUUGUUAUCUAUGGAUUGAUAAGAAACGAAAAAAUAGUUUCGUAUGGUCAAUGAUGGGUACAUUAUUACGGCAGCCAUUGUCAUCAUCAUCAUGGAUUACAAAUGAACAACGACAAUCAAAAAAAUGUCUAUUCAUUAUAUGGCUAUUAUCGACAAUCAUUUUAACAUCAGCAUAUUCUGGUUGUUUAUUAUCAAAUAUAGCUAUACCUGAAUCAAAAUAUAUUGAUAAUAUUUGGAAAUUAAUUGAUUCAUUACAGACAGAACAAUUAUUAAUGAUCGGUACGGAUAAUGAGUUAAAUUAUUUAAAGGAAUUUAUGGAAAAACGUUUGAUUGGAAACCAUCAACAUGGAAAGCAUUAUAAUCUUACUGUAAUGAUUAAAAAUCAUCGUGAAAGUUUACGAAUAUUGAUGGAUGAAUCGACAAAAUUCUCUCAUCAUCAUUAUUAUCAGUAUAAUGGUAAAAGUCGACGACGACAAUUGGCCAUAUUAUUAUCAGAAGAACGAGCAAAUCUGAUACGGAUAUCAUUAGGUGAUGGUUCAUUCUAUCUACCACCGAAUAAUCCAUCCACAACAUUAAAUCAAAAUAUAAUGUCAUUUGCAAUAAACAGCCGUUUAUAUGAUCAAUAUCAUAACGACUUUAAUCAAUUAAUUCAACGUAUAAUUGCCACCGGUAUGCAGAAAUGUUGGGGCCUACAAUUUUCAUUGUAUUUAAGACGAUUCUAUCAAAAUCAAAGAUAUCCAUCUACAACAACAACAACAACAUCGACAUUAUCUGAUCGUGAUCGAUUAGAUUUAUAUUGGUUUCAAGAUUUAACCAAUAACAAUGAUUAUUAUGAUAAUGAAACAUUGAAAACAUCAUUUAUAACAAUACGAAUGGAAAAUAUGAUUGUCAUAUUUUAUGUCUAUUUUAUUCACAUUUCAAUCGCUUCACUAUUACUUAUAAUGGAAAUAAUUUUUUCGUAUUUAUCCGAUCGAUAAUUGUGUAUUGUGUAGCUGGUGUUUCGUACUUUGUAAAAGCCAAAGGAACGGAUGACGUGGUUGUUGGUGUGAUUGUUGCUGUU